UCUCAAAUCUCCGACUCUCCAUUGCUUGCACUCUCGAAUCUCGAUUUGAUUUCAUGAGACACCUCUUGAUUUGUCCAAGUACAAGAUCACCCUCAUAGGAGAAUAUCUAAGAAUCAGAAAGAUUAGCUGAAAAGCUGAAGUUCUUUUUGUACCUAUGUUUUAAAGGGGAUUGAAGGUGUUCAACAUUAAGAUAUUUCAUUGUAAUGUGAGGUUUUGUCCUUAAGAUCGAAUCCAAAAAGCCCACAAACACCUUCUUCUUGCCUUCAACCCCAAUUUCAUCAAGCUAAUUCAAGAAAAAUAUGAAGUUUUUCARACCCUMUAUMCGAUCCUUAAGACCCAKUUUCAAAAYCAAUCGCUUCUCWUCYCAAAAACCCCACCUUGACRAUGUGGGUCCARUGGCYUCUCWUCUCAAAACCCGAUCCGUCRUCCGGUUCCGUGGACCCGAYACRAUCAAGUUCUUACAGGGUUUAUUGACAAAUGACGUCCGGCUGUUUGGUGAGCCCGUGGCUGAUGAGAAAGCAAGCUUGGUUACCCCUAAUGUGCUGGCUUUGUCAGCUCGCUCUCUCUAUGCGGCGAUGUUGACGCCACAAGGCAGGUUUUUGUAUGAUAUGUUUCUGUACGAGCCACCCAGAACCAAUGAGAAGCCUGACCCAAGUGGGUCACGACGUCGAUCCGAUCAGGAUGAGGUGGUGCUGCUUGCGGAUGUUGAUUGUUCGGUAUUGGAUGAGCUAGUGGAGACAUUAAAGAAAUAUAGAUUGAGGUUGAAGGUUGAUAUUGAGAAUGUGGGAGAAGAGUUGUGUUGUUGGCAGCGGUAUGGUGUCGACCUCCAUAAGAGGGCACCUUCAGAUCCUGAAGCUGCUUCUGUUGGAAAUACCGGUGGCUGGCAAUGGCAUAAAGAUCCUCGACUCAAUUGCCUAGGAUUCCGAGGAAUCUUCCCUUCCAGCGUCACACCACCUAUGGUCGAGGCUGAUGUGGAAACCCAAGAAGAAAAUUACCUUCUAUGGAGAUUAGAGAAGGGAGUUGCCGAAGGCUCAAUUGAGAUGCCAAAAGGUGAGUCAAUUCCAUUGGAGUACAAUUUUGCUGGUUUAAAUGCCAUAAGCUUUGACAAAGGGUGUUAUGUGGGCCAAGAGCUUAUAGCUCGCUCCCAUCACCGCGGGGUUAUCCGCAAGCGUCUGCUUCCGCUCAAGUUCCGUAAUGAAUCUGGAAAAGAGGUGGCUGAGCCGAAGGUUGCUCCCAGUUCAGAAGUAAUAGCAUCAAAAUCCGGCAAGAAAGUUGGAAUUGUGACCACUGUUCUUGGCUCUCGUGGGCUUGGGCUCCUCAGGCUCAACGAAGCUUUUAAAGGACCCGGAAAUUUGGUGAUCAAAGGACAAGAAGACGUGAAGGUGGAGCCUAUUCGGCCUGAAUGGUGGCCGACUGAGUGGUUUUUGGAGCAUGAACCGCACCAAGCCGCUGGCUAGAAUAUUUUUCCGCAGCUGCUCGUAUCAACUAUUGACAUUACUUUUACCCACGACCACAAAAGCAUAAACAUUGCUGCGAAUUUGCCGGUUGUCGGGAGCCAUGUAGCCUAAAGCCGCACUGACGAGUGCGAAAAGACAAAUCCGGAUCCAUCGGUCAGUAUCUAUCCAAUCGAUAUGUUUCCAUGAGCCCUGUGUUUGGGCAUAUUACAAAUAAAAUGAUAUUCUUAUAUGAUAAAAAAGAUAUUAAACACUAUUUGGGAGUAAUUCAGUCAUUUUAACAGUUUUGUCCAGUGAUGUUCUAGUUGUACCAAACACAUAACAGAUAAUUAGGUCAAUCAUGUCUUGUUCUGUCCAGUUCCAUCUUAUCCUAUCAUAUUCAGUCUCAUCCAGUCUGCAUACA